GGUUAUAGACAAAAGAAGAGCCAAAUAUUAUGGUUAAAACGUACGCGCUCAAACCAUUAAACAUUUCGUCGGCAACUAAAACAAUGAAAGCAACAUCAUCAAAACAUUUAACAAGUUUUAUUUUGAAUAAUUUCAUGCUGUUUAACGUUUUCACCUGCGCUACUGGCCAAGAGGCAGAGAAUGCUUUACCAUGCUCUAUUGAUAUUCGACGGGACUUGCCCAUGUCCAACCAAUCCCAACCGCUGUAUCUGAAACCAAAGUCAUCCGAGUACUGGCAUCCAAACACCGAAGGUUACCUUCAAGUGCCACACGGUCGUUGUAUUGAGCUCGUAUGCACCGGCCCUUUUGCCAACGUGACCGUUGAGAAUGGCACACAAAGCUUAAACUUAGAACCGCAUAUACGCACCAUCUGCCCACGCUGCUUGCGCGGCACCACUUUCCUGCUGAACGAUGGCCAAUAUGAGUUUCGCCACUUUGUUUGCGCGCAGAAGGUGAAAUAUACCGUUGAGCGGACAACACAGGGCUGUGCAAAUAAUACUGCCGAAACAUAUCGCAUCGGUUACAAUUUGACCGAUGGACGCUUUGUUCAAACCCUGCUCGCGUGUUACGAUCUUGCACAAAUACGUACACAUUACACAGAAUUCGUUCUUGAUUCUGCCAACGCGCGCUUUCAAACCGGUGUCAAGCGUUCGAGAUUCUCGAAGGUUGGUUACUUUAAAAUCGAUAUGAAUUACUUGUACUCGCAAAAAAAUCAACACGCACAAGCUGCAAAAGUAUUCGGCAGCACGGAAAUAGCAAUGACAUAUUUCGAUUCGAAAUUAAAGUAUUUGUCACGCGGUCAUCUGACUGCGAAAGCGGAUAAAAUCUAUGCGACGGAGCAGCAAACCACAUUCAAUUUCUUCAACGUGGCGGCCCAGUGGCAGCCAUUCAAUGGCGUCAGUUGGGCAAAGAUGGAGGACAAAAUGCGUAAAUAUUUAGCUGAGAAUCAGCGAACUGCCACUUGCUUCAGUGGCACAUACGGCACAAUGCACUUUACGCGCGCAAGUGAUAAUAUGAGCGUGCCAUUUUUCCUGGCGCAGGAUGAGAAUAAUAAUGACGUGAUUGCAGUGCCGCAGCAGUUCUACCGCAUCUGUUCGGUUGGAAGCAACGUGGGCAUAGCUAUUUUAGGAGUUAAUAAUAUACAUGCAACUUUAGAUGAAAUACUUAAGUAUUUACUGUGCGAUGAUGUAAGUGAGCAGGUGCCUUGGUUGAGUUGGAUAAGGAAUGAACAGCUUUUAGAGUAUGGCUAUUUAUAUGCAUGUCGGGUGUCCGAACUCGUAAAGAAGGUGCCAGAAUUGCCCGCUCAUUUGAACGGGAUUACAGAGUUGUUAGUAUAGUAGGUUAAUAUGGUAGGUUAAGUGCAGCGCGCACACUUAGUAAUUUAAUAGGGAGUAUAAGAGUAUUUUUUUAGUAGCAAAU